AUGGACACGUCGUCAACCCUCGCGACGAGCGCCACCCCGACAAUUCCCGCCGAACAGCUUGCCGCACUUACAUCGCUGCUGUCGGGACUCACCGCUGCCGCUUCCGGCACUACCGCACCCGCCACGACAUCCGGCUCCAAUCGCAAUGCCUUCCCGAAGCAUGCGCGGUUGGACGGGCCGAAGACGUUCGCGAACUGGACACGCCAGCUUCGCCUGUGCCUAGCGGACGACAUCCGCUCCUACGUCCUCGACGGAAUCACCCCCGACGAUUGGACGCCUUCGCAACGCUCCGCCCGCGACGUCGUGGCACGCGAGAUCCUUGCAAACUCAAUCGACUCGGCCGAAGUCUCGGCAGUCCUCGACAAGAUCCCUACGGCCGACCUCACAGCGCCCAAGAUUUACUCGACGCUGAAAUCGCGAUACGCCCCUGAUGACGCCACUCGCACGCUCGAGCUCUUCUCGCGACUCUGGGGCUUCCGACCCAUGCCCGGAACGGUUGGCGAAUUUGACAGUUGGAUCAUGGACUUCAAGUCGGUCGCGCAAGAGAUCAUCGAUACGAAAACGACGAUCAACGACGUCCUUGCCACACUCCUCCUCGCGAUCGCCCACCCGUCACUCGAGAGCUUCAAGGCAACGUUCACCGACGAACAACGCACGCAACGAACUCUCCCUGACAUCGAUUCAGUGGCCGACCGUAUGCGAGUUCAACUCCGGUCAACGAACCUCUCCAACGAUCAAUCGGCCCUCCUUGCCUCGUCGUCGCCACGUUCUACCCGUACCAAGUGCCUCGCCUGUCGCAGCCCUUCUCACCGCGUCGCACAAUGCCCUACAAGGGCCCAGCAUCCACCGCCAGGCCCGUGUCGCUCCUGCAAGAAGAAGGACCACUGGUCUUUCGACUGCAAAAAGGCUCUUGAGGACGGGAAAACGCCCGACACCUCUGAUGCGCAACACCAUGUCGGAUGUCUCGCCACCGGUCUUCUCGCACAUCGUCGUCAGCUUCGCAACAACUCCUUCGUCGUCGACUCGGGUGCCACUUCGUAUUCAAUCAACUCUACUACGUCAGCGAUGUAG